UGACAACGCAUUCGUAUUUUGGAAUUGAAGUUGCCAACGAACAGACGCGUUUAAUGGAGCACAGCGCCGCACGCCCAACAAAGGGAAUAGUUUCGAACGAGAGAAUAUGCUGAACGAGCAUAUAAACCAUUAGCUGCAUAUAUUGGUGUGUGUUUGAGACCUCUUCCAACACCCGCAGUGCUCUUGGCUGAUUUGUUUCGCUUCCGUGUACAACAAUAAAUAAGCGGGAAUAGUUUCAAACAGUGCUGGGAGCUGGGUCGGUCGUUCGGUCGUACGGUCGCGUGCGUGCAAAAUUAUGUCAUACUGACUGAAAGCUAUAAAUAGCUGCCGAAACAAACAAAAAAAUCAUAAUAAUUGUGUGCGUUGAUUUGAGCCAACAGGAAUACGGUGUGCCAGUGUGCGGUGGAGUGAGUUCGAGCAAGAGACAAGUUUAUAGAUACAUUUGCGUGUCUGUCUGUUACAUAGUGCAUAAAUAAGCUUAACAUAGCGACAAGCAGCAGUGAGAGACCGGUAGAUACCGGCAUGUAACCUUGAAACACGCAAAAAUCAACAACAAAGCAGCUAAAUUGUUCCACAUUGCACCCAACAAAGUACGAGUGUCAACUUUGCAUGCAAAAACGAAUUGGCAGCGCAGUUGUUGGGGCGUGUAGAUGAAACUCCAAUCGCCAUUUCGUCGUGAUUCACGAUACCUCAAUUGAUACACACUCCCGUGCGCAGCUGGAGCAACAACAUUUGUGUCACCAUACUAUUUUGCGUCAUUUGAAAUUCAUUCAACACCCCACAGCAACCUUUUUGGUGGAGCGUCACCAAAAGCAACAGUCUUGAAUAUUAAAUAUAUUCGCACACUUCAAACGGCGUGCCGAGUAAUAAACAAAGCAUUUGUGCACAAUUGAAAACGACAAUCAUAAAAUGGCUAGCAAAUGCACCAUAACAUUUGACAAUAACCCGAUGGGUGUCUAUUAUGCCGGCCAAACGGUUUCCGGCGUGGCGGAGUUAAUAACAACAAGGCCGAAAACUAUUAGAUCUAUCUACAUCAGCGUUUGCGGUCACGCUGAAACCCGCUGGACGGAGAAUGUAACCAAGCAAGACACUGAGGGUAAACCGCAAAAGACUAUCGAAACGUUUUCUGGUUCCGAGUUGUAUUACAGCAGUGAGAAUCAUGUUUAUGGACAAAGUGGUGGUGUGCAAAUCGAAUUGCCGCCCGGCAAGUAUGCAUUCCCCUUUCAGGCGACCAUACCACCGAAUGCGCCCACAUCGUUUAAUGGUUCAUGGGGUCAGGUGCAGCAUGAGGUCGCAUUGGUGAUCGAUCGUGUCAUGCGUUAUGACAAUAAAUUCAAACAGGGCUACACGGUGAUAUCACCAUAUGAUUUGAACCUCAAUCCAGACCAUAUGAAACCAUUUCAAAAGAUCGAAGAAAAGACAUUUUGUUGGAGUUUUUGUUGUGGCACCAAAGGACCGAUGGUUAUGCAUGUAAAGGUACCGUUUUCCGCUUACACACCUGGCCAGAAGAUACGUUUCAAUGUGGUGCUGGAUAAUCAGUCUGAUGUGCACUGCUCCGAUGUAAAAGUGCGCCUAAUGAAGAAGGUCACUUUCACUAGCCGCAAUCCGGAAGCUAAGCGGCAAGUGGUGGAAGUCAAAGUGGCUGAUAAUCACUGUGGUGAAGUUGUUAAGAAUAAUAAAGCGGAAUUCAAUGAAUAUUUGCAAAUUCCUUCGACCACACCCACUUCACUGGAGAAUUGCAGUCUCAUUAAAGUGAGUUAUACUUUGAAAUUUAUAGCCAAAGUUUCGCGCAUACACGGUGAUUUGGUAAUCGAAUUUCCACUAACCAUCGGCACGGUGCCGUUAUAUGCUAGCGCUAACGAUCAAGGUCCGGUUACGACUCAACCUGGCUCAGGACCAGUCUACAAGCCACUACCACCACCUAUGUUCGAAGAGGAUGUACGUAGCGAGCAAUUUGAAGAUAACACAUUCCGUCCACGUUAUCCUGUUUUUCUCAGUGAUGCUGGCUUGCAAACUGGUGGUAACGGACCAAGUAAUCAACCAUUGCCACCAUCAAAUGGUAUUUAUCCCUCAAAUAUAGCUCCGGCACCGGCACCGGCCCCUGCAGCACCAAUGCCUUCUACGCCACAACAUAACAAUUCUAUACCACCUCACAAUUAUACGCCCUCGCCAGCUUCACCCACACCUUCAGCACCAGCCUUAAAUAACGCUACUGCGCGUCCGUCACCUGCCCCGGCAUCUGGUGGUGGCGGCAAUGUAGAGGUUCUUGGUUUCAGUUUGCCACCGGACUAUGAGCCCACACCGGCGCCAGCGCCAGGUUCGAAGCCUGGUAUUGGUUGGAAAUGAAUUUUGGAGAUUU